UCACAACUCUCCUUCGUUCACCUCUUCGCACGCUCGCACACUGUCCGCGCACGGCGCCACUCCUCUCGCACCGCGCACGGGACGUAUGGUGCCGGUCGCCGACGGGUCCGCCAGCGCCGCGCCGUCGGGCAGCCCUGCAGCGCUGGCCGAGGCGCUGGCGCUGGCGAGCGCGUCCGAGGAUGGCCAGUCUGCGGCGCUGCAGGCACUAAAUGUCUGGGCUGCAGCGGCAUGCAAGCAGCAUGCGUCCACAGCGCAGCUCGAAGACGUGGGCAUGGAUGCUGCGGCUCAAGCAGCCGUGCUGCCGGUGCUCUGGCAGGGCUUCAUCUCGCCGCGGCGCGCCGACAACAAGAGCGCUGCCGCGCUGCUGCAGUCGCUCGUCUCGCUCGUCACAGCCAGGACUAGUCUGCUGCUGCCUCGUCUUUUGGAGACAGCAGUCGAGAACAUCGGCCUCAAGGCAUCCGUACUCGUCGCCGAGCAGCUGCUCCAGGCCGACCCCUCCCUGGUCCUGCAAGUGGACGCUGGCAUGCUGCCGCGGCUCUUGCAAGGCAGCGACAACGGCAACGGGUCGGCCGUGCGUCGCUCGAAGUUGCUCUCGAUGACGCUGUCGGCGCAUGCGCUGCUCAUCGGGUGCGAGCUCGACCGCAGUCGCAGCCCGGCCAGCGAGCCGCUAACGUCGGGAGAGCGCCGCUGGGUGGACAUCUGGGCGUCAUUGCUGGCGGCAGCCCUGACAAGUGCCUCUGCCCAGAAGCGCACGCAGCUCGGGCUCUGUCACGUUGCCGCAGUCGUUGAGCUGGCUCCCUGGGCCAUGCCUGCUCUGUUGGACGCCGUCGCAGGCCAAGGCAACACAGAGGCGGCACUCAACGCGAGCCUCGUCGUGCUCCGCGCGUCUGGACGUCACAUUGAGGUCGUCGAAGACGAGACGGGCCAGGACAUCGACGAGCCAGCACAAGACGCGCCGACACGUCUGCGCGUGCCGGCGAGUCUGCUCUGCGCGUGCGCGGAGGCCCUGUCUGCCGAGACAUCGCUGCUGGCCUUUACGCUGGUCAUCGACUCCGGCCGGUCUGCGACUCCCUUCAGCAGCGCGGAUCUGCGAGUCGUGCAGGCCUACUUCGAGGCCUCCUUCAGCAUCACGCUGCCGGCCGCACGCAUGGAGCUGAAGAGCCACAUCGUCCGCUUCGUCGCGCGCCUGCGCUCGAGCUGCUACGCGGCCCAGCGGGAUCAGACGAUCAUCGAGCGGGUCCCGCCCAUCGAGCGCACACGGGCAGAGACUGCGCGCCUGCGCAUCUGCAUCCAGACGCUUCAGAGCGCCAAUGACUUCCUGCAGUGGCUGACACGGCGAUCGUCGCGAGCAGUGUAUCCCGGUGCUCCGUACUACACCUGCGCCAUCGGCCUGUCGCACCUGGCAGCUCUCAUCGCGCUGGACUCGUCGCUCCGCGAGUCGACUGUGCCGUCCGAUCCGCAGGCCUACUGUUUCCCGCUUGGCCUCGCCACGCCGCAGCUCGUCCGCCGGCUGCUAUCAUGCGCGGAUCACUCGUACACCUCGGUGCAGGCGGAAGGCCUAGCGCUGCUGCGUAAGCUGCCGCGGCCUUUAGCGGGCCUCGAGUCAUAUGCUGCUGCGGAAGCGGCGAUCCUCGGCAAAGGCCAGAGCCUGACCUUGGCGGCGCGCGAGGGCGAAAGUGCUGCAUCUGCGGCUCUCUCUUGCCUCUUCAUGGAUCUCUACAUCAAGUCGCCGGCACCAACAUCGGCAGGGCCGAGUUUGACAGCACACGCUUUCGUCGCGCAGCAUCUCGAGGCCCUGAACGAGCACGUCUCUGCCGCGGAAGCCGGAGAGGACGCGCUGCUCACUGCGGCACGCGAGCGGCCGCUGCACGGAUCGCUCGUCACGCUGCAGGCGCUAUUCCGCAGUCUCGGCGUAGAGAGCCCGGACGCCAGCGAGCUCGAGCAGACGCGUGCGCUCUACCAGCGCGCCGUUGCUGUGAUCGAUCGCAUCUGGACGGUCACGCGCGUCGUCCUGGCUCUGAGCGCCCCGGAGGGGUCGCAAGGGCCGCGAAGAGAUCACGAGGCUGCUCGAGCGCUGGCUGUCACAGGAGAGCACGACGACGCAGACGACAACGACGCUGCGGCCGGCCUCGGCCCGACGCACCAGGUCCUGCUCUCGUACGCCUGGCGAGGCAUGAAAGAAGCCGCAGCGCUCCUCACUCUCCUCGUCCAGCUUGGACUGCAGGGCGAUGCCGCCGCCAGCCGCUUGCUCUGGCCACGAGCCGAGCUGGAGGCGAUCGGAGCGCGCUUCAGCGAGUGGAUGACCCUCGUGCGGCAUCGCGGAGCGUUCAGCACCAUCGCACCAGCCUACGGUCAGGCCGCCUCGGCCAUUCUCCGCUGUCGCUCACGCGAAGAGGUCGCUGACCUGCCGCGUGCGUGGCUCGACCGCUUUUUGGCUGCUGUCGAGGAUCCGGCAGCAGCCCUGUCGACGACGAGGCGCAGCGCAGGCAUCGGCGCGACUGUCGUGUCCCUCCUGGCGGCGUUCCCGCGCAGCUCCGACGUGGUCGCGCAGACAGUCGCCCGCCUUGUCGCGCUCGCAUCCGACAGCAGCGCAACCUCGCCAGAGCGGUCGAUCCACGCGCUGAACAUCCUGCGCGCGUGUGUCGAUGAUCGUGAUCUGGCCACGCCGCUGCAGUCGCACAUCGGUCCUCUGCUCGAGCUGGUUGUGCCGCGCUUCUCUUCGCCGCUGUGGGGCAUUCGCAACGCCUCGAUGAUGCUCUUCAGCUCUCUCGCGGUCCGAGCACUCCCAGGCAGCGGCACCAACCGCGACGACUCGUCCGCGCGCCGCCCUUUCGUCGAGUUCUUUGCACGCUUCCCAAGCCUGCUACCUGCGCUUGUGCAGCAGCUAGACGCCCUGUCAUCCGAGCAGGCCCAGCUUGACACGACCGAUGGCCAAAGUGCGCUCUUCGCCGUGCUUCUUCUGCUCUCGCGGCUGCAAGUCGACGACACCGCUCCGGCUGCCGCGUCGGCUGUAGCCCCAGACCCACUUGUGCCCCUGGUGGAGCGAUGCCUGACCAGCCGCACCUGGAAACUGCGUGAGGUUGCAGCGCGCGCUCUUUCCUCCCUCACAGCACCCGGCAGAUGUGUCAGCGUGGCACAUGGCCUGCUCAGCAGCUGUUCGCGACGCGACCAGAAUGGAGCACACGGCAAGCUGCUCGCUGCAGAGCGCCUGGUGUCGCUUUCGCCAGCGGGCAACUCCGCUGAGCUGGAGGCGCUCUCCGCAGCAUUGCAAGCUGCUGAGGCAAGCUGGCUGCAUGACAAUCGCUGUGCGGCAACACAGGCCGGCUUCCUGGCUCUCUGCGCGGCAGUUUCGAGAGCACAGGAUGGCCGUGCUUCUUCUGCAGCCGCCCUGGUCGACCAGAACGCACGCACGCUUCUUCAGCGCGAGCACGCUGCGCAGGACUUGACGCGAGGCGACCACGCGGCUACGCCUGCGCUGCUCGCGCAGUGUGCUCAACUGCAAGUGCCCAGAGCAUCGGCCGCGACUGUUGCCCAGCUGUUGGCACACCCCGUUGCCGAAGUGCGCUUUGCCGUGCUGGACAGCCUCUAUACCGCAGGCGCGGAGGCACCUGGUCCAGAGACCACGAGCGCGCUUCUCGCCUGCCUGCUGAACCCAGAGGAGGCCGAGUGGGUGGCUACUGCCGCCGCGCGUGCGCUUGCGCGAGGGCCCGAGCUGGUAGCUCUGCAGGACAAAGGACUGCAAGACAUCUGCGAUCGGAUGCUCGACGUCAUCUCCUCGACGCCCAGCAUGCCUCUUCAAGCAGCUCUGUUGCCUGUCUAUGCCGCUGUGGUCGCAAGUCUUGCUGGCAGCGUCAGCUUCGAGGCGACGCGGCAUCUAGACGUGUGCUGCGGUCAAGUCGCCGCCUGGAGCGAAGCCGAGCAGCCCUUGCACCUCCGCUUCGCCGCGCUGCAAGCGCUGCAUGCUCUGCGAGGCAGGCUGUUCCCCAAGGCCGACCAGGCCGAAUCCGACCCGCUCCCUUCGCGACUCUUCGCUGCCCGUCUUGCCUGCAUCACGCUCCUGACCGACGACGACGAGGAGCUGCGCGAAAGCGCGGCCGAGCUCGCGGGUGCGACCAUCGGCGCGAACGUGGCGGCAUUGUCGGCAGCAGACAAGCAGCACGGCAGCAUCCAGGUCGUCCGCGCGAUGGCCAUGCGCGCCAGCGUGUGCAGCCAGGCCAGCACUGAUCGGGCGUGGGACUACAUGUCCAGCACAUGCACCGGCACCGAUGCGGCUCGGUGGUCUGCCUGCGUGCGCGGCCUGCUGCUGCGAGACGACGCUGCAUUUGAGCUGGACAUGACGGCCUGCUUCUCCACCGCCUCUGCCCUGUUCGCGGAGGAGGCCGCCAACCAGUACAAGCAGCCGCAGCAGGACCUGCUGCGGUGCGCGCGAGAAGUCUCGCGGCGCAAACUGCGGCUGACGGAUGGCCAGGGCGAUGCGGCAGGGCUCAUCCAACGCCACUGUCACGCCUUGCAUCGCUUCGCCGACCAGCUCGGGCUCGACGGCGACGGGCCGUUGCGGCCACACAGCUCGGCGCAAGUUUUCGUCCUGGCGACGCGUCUGGUGCUCAUCACUCAAGCGCUCGCUCUCGAGCAGCCUCGGGACAGCAACGCAGAACUCACGGAGUCCGUCGGGCUGGCGCAGCGUCUGGCAGCACGCCUGGACCUCGAGCUUGGUGCGCUCGGCGCAUUCGAUCUCGCUUCCGCAGUCGCUCCCCCCGCCGCCUCCGCUGCCGAGUCGUCUCCAAAGCAGCGCUACCGCAUCGCCAUGAUCUCCGACUUCUUCUUUCCAAACGUCGGCGGCGUUGAGGGCCACAUGUACGCGCUGAGCCAGCAGUUGAUCGCGCGCGGACACAAGGUCAUCGUCAUCACGCACGCGUACGCGCCGGACCGCACAGGCGUGCGCUAUCUGCCAUCGGGGCUGAAGGUCUAUCACGUCCCGUUCGAAGUCAUUGCACGGCAAGACACGCUGCCGCAAUUCUUUGGCCUCUUUCCACAGCUGCGCUCCAUCCUCGUGCGCGAGCGCAUCGACAUUGUGCACGGCCACCAAGCGCUGUCGAGCAUGGCGCACGAAGGCAUCCUGCACGCGCGCACCAUGGGUCUGCGUGCGGUCUUCACCGACCACUCGCUUUUCGGCUUCGCCGACGCCGCGAGCAUCCUGACGAACAAGCUGCUGCGCUUUGUGCUGAGCGACGUUGACGGCGUGUGCUGCGUCAGCCAUGUCGGCAAGGAGAACACGACGCUGCGCGCUGCGCUCGAUCCACGCAAGGUCUACGUGAUCCCAAACGCCGUCGUGCCUGCCCAGUUCCGACCCGACCCAGCAGCAGCCUCUCCCGACAGACUGACGAUUGUGGUGCUCAGCCGUCUGAUGUACCGCAAGGGCAUCGACCUGCUCAUCGCAACCAUUCCACGGAUUUGCGAGCGGCACCCCGAUGUGCACUUUGUCAUCGGCGGCGAUGGGCCGAAGCGAGUGGAGCUGGAGCAGAUGCGCGAGAAGCACCUGCUGCACCAGCGUGUCGAGCUGUGCGGUGCCAUCCGCCAGGGCGAUGCGCGCGACCACCUGGUGCGUGGUCAGAUGUUCCUCAACACGAGCCUGACCGAGGCGUUCGGCAUGUCACUCAUCGAGGCGGCGUCCGCCGGGCUGCUCGUGGUGAGCACGCGCGUCGGCGGCGUGCCAGAGGUGCUGCCGCCGUGGAUGUGCCUGCUUGCUGCGCCCGACGAGGAUGACGUCGUUCGCGCGACGGAGCAGGCCAUUGCACGGGUGCGCGCAGGCCAGCAUGAGCCGUGGCAGUACCAUGCGGCUGUGAAGGACAUGUACUCGUGGAGCGACGUAGCGGCGCGCACGGAGCGCAUGUACGACGCUGCGAUGGCACGCCCAGUGCCCGACAGCGUCGAGCGGCUGAGUCGCUACUACGCCGGCGGGCCCGUCGCCGGCAAGGUGUUCUGCAUCAUCGUCGCCGUCGACAUGCUCUUUCUGUAUCUCCUCGAGUGGCUCAGCCCCACGGCGAGCAUCGACUGCGUGCCGGACGCGCUUGACGACGACGGCGAGGCAGCCUGACGGCAGCCGUGCCCGGACAACAUACCCGCAUCUCCUCAUACCCCUCUGCCUUUGAGCAGCAACGGAUAGAUUACAACUAGG